AACCAAAAAGAAGAAAACACUUCCAGUCUCCACCAGCCACAAUUUUCUGUGCAUUGUUUGUUAAGUGCUCACUGUGUAAGGAAGAACCAAAAGUGCUAUAGAAGUUCAGAAAACCAAGAGAUAACCAUGAGUAGAAAAGAAGUGGACAGUAAACAUGCUACAACGUCAACCAUCACCACUACCACGGUCACCACCACCAGCACCAGCACCAGCACCACCAGUAGCUUUACCAUGAAUCUAAAACCACUGACAUCAACUGGCAUGAAUAACACUGUUCCAUUCGGCAUGAUUCCUAAACCUUUUACUUUGACCAUUAGUGAAAUCAUAACUCCUGUGAUGACAUAUGGUCAGCUGAGUGGUCUGGUAAACAAAUGGAGCCUUGAGUUAGAGGAUCAAGAGAAACACUUUCUUCACCAGGUCACCCAGGUCAAUGCUUGGGACUAUACAUUGAUUGAGAAUGGUGAGACGAUUAUUGCUUUACAUGGAGAAGUGCAAAAGGUGAAACAGGAUCAGAAAAGGCUGGAGCAAGAAUUGUAUUUUAUCCUGUCACAGCAGAAAGAACUAGAAGAUCUCUUGACCCCUUUAGAGGAGUCUGUAAAGGACGAGAGUGGGUCUGUUUGUCUGCAGCAUACAGAUGAGGAGCGUGAGAGGAUUUACCAGUUAGCAGAAGAUGUAUAUGCUCGGCUGAAACGAACGGCCCAAGAUCUCAAGGACAUUAUUGAGUACCUGAAUACAUUUGGAAGUCCUGCUGACACUACUGGCCCGCUCCAGCAGAUCUGCAAAAUUCUGAAUGCUCAUAUGGACUUUCUACAAUGGAUUCAUCAGACUUCAGGCAUGCUGCAAAGGAAUGUAGAAGAGAUAGAAGUUUUCGAGCAUCGUCAUUACAGGGAGCAGGAAUGCAAUGUCAGGAUUGCUUUUGAUUGAAUGACCCUAUCUUCAGCAUGCUGUUUUUGGAUUAUACAUUACCUACAAAUUUUGAUGGUGUUUGUUAGAGUAGUAUUUACAGUUAAUAUUUAAUCUUUGGUGGCAAUAAAGGCUGCAUGUAUUUUUCCCCCACUUAAAUAUUGUGCUGUUGGCAAUGAUACUGUAGUUUGGCUUUUAGUAUUAGCAACUCAAAACUAUAUCAGCUCUUCUGUCUAGACAGCAGCCUAUUUGAUGUUGACUCUGUGUGUGCAAUUCAUGGCUUACUCUGCUAGAUUCCAUAUCUUACCGGCAGCACGCAUUGUCCUUUUCACUCCAGCCAGAUCAUAAAGAAAUGUUUGCCAAAAAAUAGAUGCCAACCAGUCUUGACUGGGUGCCUGUUAACAUUCAACGUAUAGUGUUAGCUACUGUAAAGUUUCUCUCGUCAAAAGAACUUACUGUCUACUUUGAGAUAUACUUAAUGCCUGUCUGUAUAAAAAAAACAGUAUAGACAAUACAAGGAAGUGUGUUAUGAAGUACAGAAAGUAUGCUAUAGAAAUUCAGAGAAGGGAGGAAGAGUUAGGAUGGAUUUGGGACUUGAUUUAGGUUAUUUAAAAAAGGGUAUGGUUCAGGCAAUUGGUUUAUUUUUGAUGUCCAGAUAAUCUGGUGUUUUACUUGGUUUUAGCAUAUGAUUUAUAGUUGUGGGUUUUGUGUAUUUGUUUAUCUGUUUUUCAAGAAAAAGCAUUGUUCUUAGCUUGGAAACAGUCUGAUUUCUUGUGUUUCAUGUUUUACCUAAGUCAUAAAUAAAGGCAAAGCUCUGAAAAAUAAAAGUAUAACACUAAAAUAAACUACUUAAAAGUUUU